UUUCACUCAGUCCUGUGACCCUAACACCCCCUCUAAAAAUGUGGAACAUUCCACAGGUCACAUGCUCAACAGGAAACUGCAUCUUCAGAAGACAAUGGGAAGAGGAAGACCAAAAGGAGCCAAUCCACCACUAAGUGCUGCAGAAAAGCAGCGGCGCUAUCGCGCUCGACGUGAUGCUGACCCAUGGAAGAGGGAGAAAUAUUUAGAGACGCAACGUGAUAGAUACAGGAAGGACCUAGAGUCAGGCAGGAAGAAACCCAUUGAUGGCCUCAGUGAGAGAAAAAAGCACAAAUGCCGCAGAAAAUGGAGGGAGACUUACCAUAGGAUCAAGAACAGGAAAGAAGCUGCGGAGCUGUUUGCUAUCUUGGAAAAGACAGGAACAACAAUUGAGUUGUUUAAUGUCAAGGAGGAACCAGUAGAGAAAGCAGUUUUAGAGCUGCCCAAUGAUGUGCCACCAGUUCCAUCCUCCUUGAGGAUGCAUGAUGACGACUGCGUGGUGACACAAAAUGUGAACUGUGAGUGUUUUGACGCGAAGUGUUGCACAGUCAGUCAUCAACAGACGACUCCCGCAGCCACAGAGGUUCAGUGGCAAAGUCCUGAUGCUGUUGGCAAAUGGUGUGUUCUGAAGUACGACGGUCACCUGUACCCCGGCAUCAUCAUAGACACAAGUUCAACACAUGUUGAAGUCCGUUGUAUGGAGAAGAUUGGGGUCAACAGGUUUUUAUGGCCAGCCUGCGAACAUAUCCUUUGGUGCCUGUUUGAAGAUGUUGUGUGUACCAUCCCACCCCCAAGGCAAGUCACAGGUCGCCACAUGGAGAUUGAGAAAGAAGUCUGGGCCAAACUAGAGAAGGCGUCUUAGAAAAAGUAAGAAUAUGGAGAGGACCCAUACCGUGCAGGAGCCAGAAACACCCACCCAUGACAUGCUGCAGGGAAGGAGCGGGACACCCCUCCACCCUCUCUAUCUGUCUCCCCCUUCCUCUCUCGCUCCCUCUUUCUCUCUCCACCUCCUUUGCUGUAAAGAAGUACAAGCACAUAGCACAUCCCUUCAACACAGACAACCCACACACAACGUGCACACUUACAUAAACACACAAAAAAAAAUACACAGAUACACUAAAAGAUACACGCAUAUACACUGUUAGGCACGUACUCACAUACAGACACAUAUUCCUGUUUUUGUUUUGUUUUAUUUAGAUAAAGCACUAUCUUUUCAGUCAUGUUUGGUCCAUCAUUUAUCCAAUUGUGAAAUAAAUUACAUGAUAAAAAGAUGAAUAAUUUAAGGUUUGGCUCAGCAUUUUUUUGAAAAAUACAACUUGUGUGCAACGAUACUGAUUUUCAGUCACACGUUGAUUAUUUGAACAUGUAACCAAUGAUUUCUGUAAAAUAAACACUUUAGGGGAAAACUGA